GUGGUGAGCGACCACAACCACACCGAGUGGAAGGAGACGUUCGCCCAGCUGGAGGACCAGCUGAAGGCGGGCAGGAAGUCGCAGAAGGUUGACAUGUCGGAGUCUUGCCAGAGCGAGCAGAAGAUCGACCUUGUCAACAGGGAGCCUUGUGACAGCGCGGACCUCGGUGCGAUCAGCAUGGACGAUAUCUCUCGUUGGUGGCGUUGCCUUUCAAGUGCAACGAGGUCAGUACCACCCACAUCCCUGCCCCCUCAAGCAAUGCAUGUCGACAUCUCCUCGGACGUCGGCCAAGAUGAUGACACCCUGGAAGCGCAGAGCGGCUCUGACCACAGCUACGCCGACACGCUGCAGGAGCUGCAGGACACGAUCGGGAGUCUCCAUAAUGACAGUUCGCAGCUCGGCGUCGCCCCGCGGAUGUCGAGCCCAGCUGCCUCCGGAAGAGCCGCGGCACCAGUUGAGAUCGGCAACUCCGAAGUGAGCUUUUUCAUCGCAGAGCAGGGCGAGGUGUCCGCACCAGUGCGCGGUGUCUCCGAGGAGGGGCGCGGGGUCAGCCCCAGCCAUAAGGAUACCGAAGAUGAGCAGCUUCCAGAAGCUCAGGCGGAGACCCUGGAGUGCGCUCGCUGUCUCAAUCUGAACGGA